CGCGCGGAGCAGGCAGCGACGGCUGGGCUGACGCCCGCCUUCGUCUGCGUCGCUGCCUCCGCGCGGGUCGCCGCCCCCGGGGAUGUGAGGGGCGCAGCUCGGCCGGCGGGGCCUGGAGCGGCACGGAGGCCGGCUGCGGACGCUCCACCCACUUUGGCCUAGACCCAACCUCCAAGGGCUAAAAAUAUUGCCCGGAGGCUUCUGAGCGGAAUCAGAUCGUGCUAAGUAGGGCACGACGCGCAGAGGCGACAGAGCUCCUCGGCCCCAGGGCGGGAGCCAGUCUCCGGAGCGGCGGUUCCGCCCACGCUCGGCCCAGCAGCUAGCGGCCUCCCUCUCCCCCAGCAGGUGUGUGUGGAGGCCAGUAUGAAGCUGAAAAAGCAGGUGACAGUAUGCGGGGCUGCGAUCUUCUGCGUGGCUGUCUUCUCGCUCUACCUGAUGCUGGACCGAGUGCAGCAUGACCCCACCCGUCACCAGAAUGGUGGGAACUUCCCCCGGAGCCAAAUUUCUGUGCUGCAGAACCGCAUUGAGCAGCUGGAGCAGCUGUUGGAGGAGAACCAUGAGAUCAUCAGCCACAUCAAAGACUCGGUGCUGGAGCUGACAGCCAACGCAGAGGGCCCGCCCGCCCUGCUGCCCUACUACACGGCCAACGGCUCCUGGGUGGUGCCACCAGAGCCCCGGCCCAGUUUCUUCUCCAUCUCCCCUCAAGACUGCCAGUUUGCUCUGGGGGGCCGGGGCCAGAAGCCGGAGCUGCAGAUGCUGACCAUAUCAGAGGAGCUGCCCUUUGACAACGUGGAUGGCGGCGUGUGGAAGCAAGGCUUCGACAUCUCCUAUGGGCCCCACGACUGGGACGCUGAAGACCUGCAGGUGUUCGUGGUGCCUCACUCCCACAAUGACCCGGGCUGGAUCAAGACCUUUGACAAGUACUACACGGAGCAAACCCAGCACAUUCUCAACAGCAUGGUGGGCAAGCUGCAGGAGGACCCCCGGCGGCGCUUCCUCUGGGCCGAGGUCUCCUUCUUCGCCAAGUGGUGGGAUAACAUCAAUGCCCAGAAGAAAGCGGCAGUCCGCAGGCUGGUGGGAAACGGGCAGCUGGAGAUUGUGACAGGAGGCUGGGUGAUGCCAGACGAGGCCAAUUCCCAUUACUUUGCACUCAUUGACCAGCUCAUUGAGGGCCACCAGUGGCUGGAGAGAAACCUCGGUGCAACCCCGCGGUCUGGCUGGGCAGUGGACCCCUUCGGCCACAGCUCCACCAUUCCCUACCUGCUGCGCCGUGCCAACCUGACCAGCAUGCUGAUCCAGAGGGUGCACUAUGCCAUCAAGAAGCACUUUGCUGCCACCCACAGUCUGGAGUUCAUGUGGAGGCAGACCUGGGACUCGGACGCCAACACGGACAUCUUCUGCCACAUGAUGCCCUUCUACAGCUAUGACGUGCCCCAUACCUGCGGCCCGGACCCCAAGAUCUGCUGCCAGUUCGAUUUCAAGCGGUUGCCAGGUGGACGCAUCAACUGCCCCUGGAAGGUGCCGCCCCGGGCUGUCACAGAGGCCAACGUGGCUGAGAGGGCCGCGCUGCUCCUGGACCAGUACCGGAAAAAGUCCCGGCUAUUCCGAAGCAACGUCCUCCUGGUACCACUGGGGGAUGACUUCCGAUACGACAAGCCCCAGGAGUGGGAUGCCCAGUUCUUCAACUACCAGCGGCUCUUUGACUUCCUCAACAGCAAGCCUGACCUCCAUGUGCAGGCCCAGUUUGGCACCCUCUCUGACUAUUUUGACGCUCUGUACAAGAAGACCGGGGUGGAGCCGGGGGCCCGGCCUCCAGGCUUCCCCGUGCUGAGCGGGGAUUUCUUCUCCUACGCGGACCGGGAGGACCAUUACUGGACUGGCUACUAUACUUCUCGGCCCUUCUACAAGAGCUUGGACCGGGUCCUGGAAGCCCACCUGCGGGGUGCGGAGAUACUGUACAGUCUGGCUACCGCUCACGCCCGCCGCUCUGGACUGGCCAGCCAGUACCCGCUCUCAGACUUCGCCCUUUUGACGGAAGCUCGGCGCACUCUGGGCCUCUUCCAGCACCACGACGCCAUCACCGGCACCGCCAAGGAGGCAGUUGUGGCAGACUAUGGCAUCAGGCUCCUGCGCUCCCUUGUGAGCCUGAAGCAGGUCAUCAUCAAUGCGGCUCACUAUCUGGUGCUGGGGGACAGGGAGACCUACCGCUUCGAGCCUGAGGCGCCCUUCCUCCAGAUGGAUGACACCCGCUUAAAUCACGAUGCCCUGCCAGAGCGCACAGUGAUCCAGCUGGAUUCCUCCCCCAGGUAUGUGGUGCUCUUCAACCCCCUGGAUCAGGAGCGGUUCAGCGUGGUGUCCCUGCUGGUCAGCUCGCCCCGAGUGCGUGUUCUUUCGGAGGACGGUCAGCCGCUGGCCGUGCAGAUCAGCGCACACUGGAGCUCUGCCACCAACACGGUCGCCGAUGUCUACCAGGUGUCUGUGCCCAUCCGCCUGCCGGCCCUAGGCCUCGGCGUGCUGCAGCUGCAGCUGGGCCUGGACGGGCCCCGCACCCUGCCGGCCUCCGUGCGCAUCUACCUGCACGGCCGGCAGCUGUCAGUCAGCAGGCAGGACGCGUUUCCCCUGCGCGUCAUCGACUCUGGCGCCAGUGACUUUGCCCUCAGCAACCGCUACAUGCAGGUCUGGUUCUCAGGCCUCACCGGGCUCCUCAAGAGCGUCCGAAGGGUGGACGAGGAGCAGGAGCAGCGGGUGAACAUGGAGUUCCUCAUCUAUGGCACCCGUGCGUCCAAGGACAAGAGUGGAGCCUACCUCUUCUUGCCUGAUGGGGAGGCCCAGCCCUACGUCCCCAAGGAUCCCCCUCUGCUGCGUGUCACCGAAGGCCCUUUCUUCUCGGAGGUGGUUGCCUACUAUGAGCAUGUCCGCCAGGUGGUCCGGCUUUAUAAUCUGCCAGGGGUGGAGGGGCUGUCUCUGGACAUGUCAUCCCUCGUGGACAUCCGCGACUACGUCAACCAGGAGCUGGCCCUGCGCUUCCACACGGACAUUGACAGCCAGGGUGCCUUCUUCACGGACCUCAACGGCUUUCAGGUGCAGCCCCGGCGCUAUCUGAAGAAGUUGCCCCUGCAGGCCAACUUCUACCCCAUGCCGGUCAUGGCCUACAUCCAGGACGCCCGCGACCGCCUCACGCUGCACACUGCCCAGGCCCUGGGGGUCUCGAGCCUACACGAUGGCCAGCUGGAAGUGAUCCUGGACCGACGGCUCAUGCAGGAUGACAACCGGGGUCUGGGUCAAGGGCUCAAGGACAACAAGAGAACCUGCAACCAUUUCCGCCUCCUGCUGGAGCGGCGAAGCCUGGGCAGUGAGCCUGGCUUUUUCUCCAAACUGGCAGCCAUGUUUAGGGACUUGGUCUUUCACAGCAGAAGGAGCGGUGACCUCGAGGUCCAGGACGGCCGCUCCACCAGCUACCCGUCCCUCCUCAGCCACCUGACCUCCAUGUACCUGAACACCCCUGUACUCGCCCUGCCCGUAGCCAAGAGGCAGCUCCCGGGCCCCGGGCUGCGCUCGUUUCAUCCCCUGGCCUCCUCUCUGCCCUGUGACUUCCACUUGCUCAACCUGCGUACACUGCAGGCCGAGGACGAUGCCUUGCCUUCGGCGGAAACUGCACUCAUCCUACACCGCAAGGGUUUCGACUGUGGCCUUGAGGCCAAGAACCUGGGCUUCAACUGCACCACAAGCCAAGGCAAGGUGGCCCUGGGGAGCCUCUUCCAUGGCCUGGACGUGGGGUUCCUGCAGCCGACCUCCUUGACGUUAUUGUACCCCUUGGCCUCACCCUCCAACAGCACUGACGUCUAUCUGGAGCCCAUGGAGAUUGCCACCUUUCGCCUCCGCUUGGGCUAGGGCUUCCUGUGGCCUGAGGGGAAAGCGCGUCAGAGACUGCCUCUCACACAAGGUCGGGUUGGGCAAACCGGACGGGUAUCCUGUCCCGAUCUACCUCUCAGAACUGUGACACGCUGGGCUGCGCCCUCA